UCAUUCUGCUUCAGAACCAUUUGGGCAACCCUCUAAUUUUGGCCAGAGAUUACAAUCAGUAAAAUGAAUAGCGACGAGCAGCUUUCUCCUAUCGGAGAAUCGAGUGUCCCAAUUCCAAACAGGAUGCUACGGCGGUUGAAGAAGGCUAAUUCGAUUUCCGAUUUAUGCCCUAGAUCUGAAACCCCCGAUUCCGCCGGCGAGGAUCUGGGUAUGCCUGGAUUGCAAUCUUCUAAUGGUUUCGAGGAAGAAGAAGAUGGGCUACAGUCUGAUCUCGAGGGUUUGGGUGUGGAGGAUGGAGUUACCGCGAGGAAGGUACUUGAUUUUGAUUCGGUGUCUGAGUUUAAUCAGACGAUUGAAGAUCCGGGUGAGAAAGGCGAAGACGACGAAAUCUCUGAUCUGAAAACUAAUGAGGAAAUUAGGGUUUCGGAAUCGACGGAAGCUGGUAAAGAGCGGCUUGAGUUUGACUCCCCAAUCGAGGAAUUGGGCGAGAAAGGUGAAGACGAGAUCUGCGAUUUGGAAUCAGAAGAGGAAAUUAGGGUUUCGGAAUCGAUGGAAGCUGGUAAAGAGCAACCCGAGUUUGAUUCCGCUGUCGAUGAAUUGGAGGAGAAAGGUGAAGACGAGAUCUGUGAUUUGGAAUCAGAAGAGGAAAUUAAGGAUUCGGAAACCAAGGAUGCUGGAAAGAAGCGAGCAGCUCUGGAGACAAGUGAUGGCGAGGGGAAGGAGAACAAGAGAGAUAAGAAGAGGAACAAGAAGAGUGAUGAUUUUGAUGAGCUGCCAAUCUCUACUGCUUCCAUGAACAUGUCUAAGAAGGAAAGAAGAGAGUAUCUUGAUCAGCUUCGUGCAGAAAACCAGAGACUCUUGCGAGAAACUAGAGAUGCUGCCUUUGAACCUGCCCCUCUUGUCAGAAAGCCGAUAUCAUCUGUAUUGGAGAAAAUUCGAAGAAGAAAAGAGGAGAUUUCAAAACAAUUCCUUAGCAGGAAGAAAUCUAAACCUAUCGACAUAUGCGACGGCGAUGAUUUGGAGGAAGUUGUAGCCGAAGAAAAUAAUGAAGAUAUGAAUUUAGAAAGUACAAGCAAGCAAAACCCUGGAGGACAGCAUUGCUCGGAGGACUCUGCAGGUCCAUCGGGGAACUUAGACAGUCCCUCUAACAAGAAAGUUGAAAGUAACCCUACUCAUCAGGAUCCAUCCUUGUGUCCACAAACGAUUGACUCUGGAGAUGAACUUCUAGAGAAGACUUCAAGCCGACCUUUGGAAGAAGUAAUGACACCUUCUGUAGUUGCCAUGAACCUCAAACUCAAUCCAUCUCCUGACAAAUCUUCUAAAGUAGCAGAGCACAUGAAGGAAAAUUCUGAUUCUGAGACCCAUGAUGAACCUGGUGACCCUGUUAGAAAAUUUAUUGAUGAGGAUGCUGAAGAGGAAGAUGACAGCGACAAUGAUUUACUCCGAUUUGAGGAUGAGGAUGAUGACGAAGAUGAAGAAGAUGAUGAUCUCAGGGAUAUGAUUGUCAGUCAAUUUAAGGAAGAUGCAACUGAUAAAGAUAGACGUAAUGAACUGCAUCAGAAGUGGCUCGAGCAACAAGAUGCUGCAGGGACAGAGAAACUCUUACAGAAGCUACAACGUGGUUUGCAACAGGAUGAAACAUUAUUGUCUGAAGAGGAAGAUGAAGAUGACGAUGAUGAAGAGAGGGCUGAAGAUGCUGAUGAUGAAGAAGUGCAAAAACCUAACGUCAAUGAAGAUGAAAAUGAAGAUGAAGAAGAUCCGAGUCAUGCAAAUUCCAUGCGAAUGACCAUGAAGAAAAUAAAGGAAAUGAUCCCUUUAAUGUUCACAGAUGAAGAUGAUGUUUAUGUGUCAUCUGACGAUGAGGAAAUGGAAAAGAAGCUCCUGCAACAGCGAUUACUCAGGAAAAUGGAGCUAAAGUCCAAGUCUUCACCAUCUAUUGGGGAUGAAAACUCUGAGGAAAUUCUUCGCCACAUCAAGAAGCCUGAGAUCAAGAAGAAAGCAAAAACUUCUUCUUAUAAAGAGAGGGCACUCAUGGGAAUGAACAAAAACCCUGCGGCAUCCAAGUCAUCAUUCUUGGGUAGACUUACAAAGAGUUCCAUAUCAGAAGGAUCUCGCAAGCGCGGUUUAAACGUUGUACGUGGCUACAUAUUCGAACGUGAUGACAGUAACACCAAAAGCUCAAACUCAGUGCCAGAAGAACCUUCAGCUCCGGAGACGAUUAUUCAAGAAAAAAGCAGACCAAAAAGAGCUCCGGCAAAAUUCACUGCCUCACAGUCACAAGAAAAAUCAGCAACAUUACAGACGACAACGGUGGUGGAGGAGACGAGCACGAGGCAACGAGCAACCUUGUACGAGAUUCUAAAGAUGUCUUCAAAGAAAACUUGCUUCAAUUCACGCGAGACAGUGAUAAGCAGCGACCACACUGAGUCUAUAUUUGCUGCUUUCAAAUUGGAUAAAAAACCAAUUAAGGCCAAUCCACAAGAGAAGAGAUGAAACAACUUAAAACAAAAAGAUAAAAGAGAACAGUGGCAAUGUGUUUUGGAGGAAUUCAGACAUUGUUGUUGUGAUGAAAAAGCACGUGUGGUGAACGUGAUUCAAAGGUGCAGCUCUCUUUGUUGAUGUGUGGCCACCGCCAAAAACGGCGUAGGACCGCGCGUUUUGGCAUUUUCCUGAUCAGAUAUCAGUCUCGAUUCUCAAGUACAUAGGUUGGUUGCUGUUAACUAAAGAGAUUUUUGUGGGAGAUAAGGUCGUCCAUCGUAGUCAUUCGAAUCGACUAAUUAUUGAAAUUUUGUUUUAUAUCCAAUGUUAUACGGUGCACUUGAAAGUGGAUACCAGUUAUUGAAUAAACCCUUUCUCAAAAGGAAAUCGCAAACAGUUUUUAUCACAUGUUGUUAAUAAUUUAUACCGAAUAAAAUUAUCUUAACCCUGUUGACCUUUUUGAGCUUCGCUGCUAAGACUGAAGAAGAAGACCAAGAGAGGGUUUCGGACACACAAAAAAAAAAAGAAAACGAAAAAAAAUCGGACAAUUUCUAUUUUAGUUUUCUUACCUCAACGUUGUUUGACUUGCAAGAGAAAAUCUCAGAUAGAUUCUGACCGGAUAAAUCUUCUUCUUUCCAGAUCCGAAUCAUCCCUCUCCUAUUAGAAGAUCUACAUAAAAA